UGGCAGUCAAAAUACAAACAUGGCGGCCAGAUGAAAAAGUUCACCGAAGUACAUAAUGUUUAUCUUGUAAAAUAGCAUUUCAUGCCAUUUAUAUUUACAUUUGAUAAAACAGAGUUGGAGUUAAUUUGAAGUACACUUAAUAUAGUACAGAAAAUGGCUGCAUGGGCUGGAUUUUCAGAGGAAGAGCUACGAAGAUUGCAGCAGAACGGCGAGAGCACGAACCAGGCUGUCCCUGUCACAUUGGGUCGUGGCCGGAGACCCGCUCCAACUAACCGAAGCAGGCUGCAGCUACAGCGGGAGAGGGCUCUACAUCUGGCAGCCAAGCAGAAGGAGGACAGCGGCUCUCUGCCACCAGAGCAACAGCUUAGCAAACCCCCAGAUCCACCUGCUGUCAGUCACCCUGCUCCACUCAGAUCACAGGAGGAACCUAAGCUGUUGGAGUCAGAACUGUUUAAGCAUGAAUCAGAAAUUGUCAAGCAUGAUCCAGAACCAUCUGCAGAGGCAAUGCCAACAGUGAUCCUCAAAGAGCUGGACAAACAGGAAGUGGAAUUUCGGGAGAAGAACCGUCUGCAGCAGUUGCAGUGGGAACAACGGAUAAUGGAAGAGAAGAAUAAAAAGAAAAAAGCUCUCCUUACAAAGACAAUUGCUGAAAAGUCCAAACAGACACAGGCUGAAGCUGUGAAAUUGAAAAAGAUCCAGAGAGAACUUCAAGCACUAGACGAUUCUGUAUCCAGUGACAUUGGGGUUCUAAGAAAACUGAUAGAACAAGCCAGCAUGGAUUAUUCCCUAGCUUGGAAGCGCCUUGAAAAGGCGGAGGGCGAGUAUGUUGCUGCUAAGCUGGACUUGCACAGGAAGACAGAAUUGAAAGAGCAGCUCACAGAGCACCUGUGUGCAAUCAUCCAGCAGAAUGAGCUACGCAAGGCUUGCAAACUGGAAGAGUUGAUGCUUCAGCUGGAGCUUAAUGCUGAGGAAGUCCCCAUGCCAGAGGAUGCAGAACAAGAGAACAAGCAGAGGGAGGGCAACCCCCAGCCUGUUACUGAAAAUGGUCCUGCAGCAGGCAUUGAGGGGUGUACAGAAGUGGAUAGCUCAAAUAUGAGCAAAGACAGUUCCAUUACAGAACCAAAGAUCAGUCAAGAUAAUCAGGAGAGCAGAGCAACAGAUGUUUCUGCAGAUGUGGUCAGAUGAUGGUUUACGUAUUUGCUGACUAGAUUAAAACAUUUCUUCAUUGUGAAAAUGUUAAUGUUGAGCAAACCAAAAGUCCUGCAUUUCAAAUUGAAAUGUUGUGACAUGUUGUGAAAGGACAUAGGACAGCCUGUUGUCAGUCUGACACGGGUGUGUCAAUAUUAAAUUAUGACAUGUCAUGAGGGUGAUUCCUUUAAUAGCAACACUAAAAUGCAUUACUAUUAUGGGCGUCAGAUGUUGAUUAUGAACUGUUAAGCAUAGAAGAACAAAGCUAUUGUAGAUACUGUUUCUUGUAAUGUGAGGUAAAUGACUCUAAAAGUAGGUUGUUAAAACAAUGCUGUGCCACUCAUUUGAUUGUCAUUGUAUAAUUUGAUCUUUAUCUUCCAUUAAGAUAAUGUAAUUUUCCCUUUGAAGACAUUGUCUAUUUUUAAAACACUAGAAUUACAUCAUUCCAUAACGGUGACAACUGUGACUGAUUCCAUUUAUCAAAAUGGAAUAGUGGCAAAUUGUCUGGUGGCUUUUUACUGUUGUAAUUUAUGUCACCCGAUGUUGCACAAGUAUAAUGAAAUCUUUUAUCUGUACAUGGCAGUUGUCUAAAAGAUAACUUGAUGCCAAUGUUAACAAAUCAGUAACAGCCGUUUUUAUCAUACAAAGCAGGCAGUUGGCUUAGCAGAGAUGAGAACAGUUGUUUGUGUACUGGUGAAAAUACUUUUGUGGUAUGUGGGAGGGAUAUACAGUUUGCUAUGUGCAUAUGCAAUACAAUUGUUUAAUGAUUUUUCUAAAGUACAUAUACUGAAGAUUGUUUAUUUAUACUGUAUAUAAUUUAUACUUUUUAAUAAACUUAGAAAAACCAUGGUUCCUUUUCACCAGCUUUAAGAACAAGAUUGCAGAAUGGUUAUUUAUAUAACUUUCUUUUGAUUAAUACUGAUAUGAAAAACAGUUGAAGUCAGAAGUUUACAUACACCUUAGCCAAAUACAUUAAAAGUUUUUCCACAAUUCCGGACAUUUAAACAUAGAAAACAGUGCCUGUCUUAGGUCAGUUAACAUCACUAUUUUAAGAAUGUGGAAUAAUAGUAGAGAGAAUUAUUUAUUUCAGAUUUUCUUUCUUUCAUCACAUUCACAGUGGGUCAGAAGUUUACAUACACUUUGUUAGUAUUUGGUAGCAUUACUUUUAAAUUGUUUAACUUGGGUCAAACGUUUUGGGUAGCCUUCCACAAGCUUUUCACAAUAAGUUGCUGGAAUUUUGGCCCAUUCCUCCAGACAGAACUGGUGUAACUGAGUCAGGUUUGUAGGCCUCCUUGCUCGCACACGCUUUUUCAGUUCUGCCCACAAAUUUUCUGUCGGACUGAGGUCAGGGCUUUGUGAUGGCAACUCCAGUACCUUGACUUUGUUGACCUUAAGCCAUUUUCCCACAACUUUGGAGGUAUGCUUGGGGUCGUUGUCCAUUUGGAAGACUCAUUUGUGACUGAGCUUUAACUUCCUGGCUGAUGUCUUAAGAUGUUGCUUCAAUAUAUACACAUAAUUUUCCUUCCUCAUGAUGCCAUCUAUUUUGUGAAGUACACCAGUUCCUCCAGCAGCAAAGCACCCUCACAACAUGAUGCUGCCACCCCCAUGCUUCACAGUUGGGAUGGUGUUCUUCGGCUUGCAAGCCUCACCCUUUUUCCUCCAAACAUAACGAUGGUCAUUAUGGCCAAACAGUUCCAUUUUUGUUUCAUCAGACCAGAGGACAUUUCUCCAAAAAGUAAGAUCUUUGUCCCCAUGUGCACUUGCAAACUGUAGUCUGCCAUUUUUAUGGUGGUUUUGUAGCAGUGGCUUCUUCCUUGCUCAGCAGCCUUUCAGGUUAUGUUGAAAUAGGACUCGUUUUACUGUGGAUAUAGAUACUUGUCUACCUGUUUCCUCCAGCAUCUUCACAAGGUCCUUUGCUGUUGUUCUGGGAUUGAUUUGCACUUUUUGCAUCAAACUGCGUUCAUCUCUAUGAGACAGAAUGCGUCUCCUUUCUGAGCGGUAUAAUGGCUGCAUGGUCGUAUGGUGUUUAUACUUGCGUACUAUUGUUUGUACAGAUGAAUGUGGUACCUUCAGGCAUUUGGAAAUUGCUCCCAAGGAUGAACCCGACUGUGAAGGUCCACAAUUUCUUUUCUGAGGUCUGAUUUCUUUUGAUUUUCCCAUGAUGUCAAGCAAAGAGGCACUGAGUUUGAAGGUAGGCCUUAAAAUACAUCCACAGGUACACCUCCAAUUGACGCCAGUUAGCCUAUCAGAAGCUAAUUGGCUAAUUGUCUAAAGGCUUGACAUAAUUUUCUGGAAUUUUCCAAGCUGCUUAAAGGCACAGUUAACUUAGUGUAUGUAAACUUCUGACCCACUAGAAUUGUGAUAUAGUCAAUUAAAAGUGAAACAAUCUGUCUGUAAACAAUUGUUGGAAAAAUUAUUCGUGUCAUGCACAAAGUAGAUGUCCUAAACGACUUGCCAAAUCUAUAGUUUGCUAAUAUGAAAUCUGUAGAGUGGUUAAAAAAAUAGUUUUAAUGACUUAAACCUAAGUGUAUGUAAACUUCUGACUUCAAUUGUAUAUAUAUAUAUAUAUUCAUAUAUCUUAGUUUUUAUUAAAUCU